CAGUUCCAGGAAGGGAAACACCCAAUUGCUGCUGCUGCAGGCGGGACAUAUCUCUGAGCGCAGGAAAGUGAAACUAACCCUGUUACCCUGUCCAGAGGGAGCCAUGGCCACAGACAACCCCGUGGAAAGUCUCCGGGAGGAAGCUACAUGCCCCAUCUGUCUGGAGUAUUUUAAGGACCCGGUGAUUAUAGACUGUGGGCACCAUUUCUGCCGAGCCUGCAUCGCCCAGUGCUGGGAGGGAUCAAAUACAGCCGUCUCCUGCCCUCAGUGCAGAGAAACUGUGCAACAGGGAAACCUGAAGCCGAACAGGCAGCUGGCAAAUGUUGUAGAAAUAGCCAAACGGCUGAGUUUACAGGCAGCAAAGGGAGCAGGAGAGGAGAGGGUGUGUGGGGAACACCAGGAGACUCUGAAACUGUUCUGUGAAGAGGAUCAAACUUCUGUCUGUUUGGUUUGCCAUCUGUCCCGGGAUCACAGAGAUCACAGGGUGGUUCCCCUAAAGGAGGCUGCCCAGGAGUACAAGGUGAAACUCCAGGGAGCCCUGGGCCCUCUGAGGAAGGAGCUGGAAGAGGUCCUGGCUCUGAUGUUUAAAGAGGAGAAGAAAACCACAGAGUGGCAGAGGAAAGUGAAGAAUAAGAGAGAGACGAUUGCAGGUGAAUUUAACAAACUGCACACACUGCUGAGAGCGGAGGAGCAGCUGCUUCUGCAGAGACUGGAGGAGGAGGAGAGGGUGACUCUGCAGAGACUACAGGAAAAUGUCAACAAACUCUCCCAGCAAAGCUCCUCUCUGCAGCAGCUGAUAGAGAUUGAGGAGAAGUGUCAGCAACCAGUUGUCGAGCUGCUAAAGGAUGUGAGAAGCACAUUGAGCAGGAGUGAGAAUGUGAAACUCCAGGAACCAGAAGCUGUUUCUACUGACCUGAAGAAUGUGUAUAAAAUUUCCCUUGACAUGAAUGAAGUGCUGAAGAAAUUCGGAGUGGACGUGACUCUGGAUCCAGACACGGCUCAUCGCUGGCUCGUCCUGUCUGAGGAUCGGAAACAUGUGAGACUUGGAGACAAAUACCAGGAUCUGCCCAACAAUCCUAAGAGAUUUGAUAAAUAUGCCAUUGCCCUGGGCGCUGCUGGGUUUGCGAGCGGGAGGCGUUACUGGGAGGUGGAGGUGGGAGACAAGACAGACUGGGACCUGGGGGUUUGUAGGGAAUCUGUGAGCAGGAAGGGGAAGGUCACACUAACAACCAAACAGGGUUACUGGGCCGUGACUUUGAGGAAUGGGGAUAAAUACUCAGCCUCCACCUACCCCUGGACCCCCCUCCCCGUGAGCGUCAGGCCCAGCCGGGUGGGGAUUUUCCUGGACUAUGAGGCGGGCGAGGUCUCGUUUUACAAUGUGACUGACAGGUCCCAUCUCUUCACUUUCACUGGCACCUUCUCCGGGAUGCUCCGCCCUUAUUUCUAUCCUGGUCUCAAUGAUGAGGGUGAAAACGCGGCUCCCCUGAUAAUCUGCCCGGUCCCAGUUCAGGCCGGAGGGAAUCUCUGUCCCUGACAGUGACCCCGCGCCACAGACUGUCCCCUCCCAGCCCUGCUGCUCUUCCCACCCCCAGUAGUGGGGGCCAGUUACUGCAGCAACUGGACUUUCUGUGCUGACCGGACGCUGCCAGUUUCCCUUUUCAACUGGAGGCUCUAGUUGAAAACGAGACACCUGGGAACCCCCCCAGCCCUCACCUUCCCCGUCCCCUGCCCCAGGAGUAGCAGAUGGUGGUGGAUGGGGUCAUUCACUCCUGUCAGACUUUUCUACCCCUGUGAAAUCUCAGUGUAAAACAUGAAAGAAAAAAGAUUAUUCUAAUUUAGAAAAUAUUAUUGUAACAAGGUGUAAAUACAAGAACAUUUUAAUUUACAUUUCAAUAGUACUUCAAAAACAAAGAUCUAAAUAUAUUUUUAGAAAUGGAAUUUUUUCCCUUUAUUUUUUAAUUCUUCCCUCAAAUCUAUACUGAAGUUUAACUUCUCUAAAUAACGUCAUUUGUAUUUCAAUUGUGAAAUUUCAAGAAAUCCAAAAUAUUUAUCUUAACAAAAUAAACUAUUAAAUUGUCAGACUGGGUUGUUCAGUUACAAUGUACAUGUGUCAUAAACAUCACAACUACACACAUGUGCAGCUGCUCUCUGUUCUCUCUCCCUCUCUCUUUAUUGUCUUGACUGGUUCUCUCUGGAAGGCAGGAUACAUACACCCACCUCCUGCAGUACAACUUUGAAAAUGAAUAGUUGAAAAAAUGAUAAAAUUAAUUAAGCAAUAUAUUUAAGUUAACUCACACAAGAUUAUAUAAUAAUCUUUGGAUUUCUGUCAGUAUUAAUUCAUGUGAUUUUUAACUUUCUAGUCACAUAUAAUAGGUAAUCAAGAUAUGACGCUUCCUUUGUUUUUCUUACAUCAAUUAACAAAACACAGUCCCCAACCUCAAAUGCUAUCUUCCUAUAGAUAGAAAUCUCUUCUACAAUCUCCAGUUUUUAGUUUAUUUUUCUUUAGAAAUAUUAUUUGCAGGCAAUGCACUGUCACUGUGCACUGUUGAUUUCAAUGUACUGCCGGGCUCUUCACGUUCUUGGUUAUAAGGACACAAGACAUGUACUUUGAUAAAGAAAUAGAGAAGGGGUUGUAUACCUUUACUGAAUCAUCACAAAUUCACUUAAUUGUAUUAAAGACGCCGCCACUUAAUGACACAUAACAUGAAAUCUGGUGAAUCUUUUUGGAAAACUUUUCUUCUCGCCCAUAAAUCAGUCCAAAUGGUAAUAUUUUUGUUGUCGUGAGGUUUAGAGUACAAAGAAAAGAAAGUUGCUCCAGGAAAUUCAUCACAAUUUCUCUGGGUUCUGUCUACCACCUUCUCUAAUGCUCUGUAAAAAUAGUGACCGAUUGGUCUAAUUCCUUGAAAUUAGUAAUUGAACCUAAUGUCUUGAAGAGCGAGCUGAGCAGAGUCUGAGGGGAGGCACAUCACAUGGCAUUGCUAGGACUACUUUUUGUUUUAAACUUGAUGCGUUAUGAACAUUUGCAAUGUAAUUAUUCAGUUUUGAAGAUUUAUUCACAAUAUGCCGUUCAUGGCAGUGUGCCCUAAACUUACCUUGAUUAUUUGAAAAUAAAUACCCUAAAAUUA